UCGGUCCCGCCUCAGGCGUUCAGGGCUCCGGCGGGAGGGCCGCGGUGUCCACCCGGGACCCCCACCUCGGGGCCGCCGCACGCGGCUUCCUUAGCCGCCGGCCCGGUCCAGGAGUCCGAAGGGUUCGAGGCGCGGGUGCUGAAACAGGCGGACUAACCUGGUGGUUCUGAAACAUUACUGUACUUGCCAAACACCUGGGGAGCUCGCUAAACUGUAGAUUCUGAUCCCAGAGCUCUGGAGCGGUGCCUGAGAAUCUGCAUUCCCAGCAAGCUCUGAGAUGAUGUAGAUGCUGCUCUUCCGUGGACAACGCUUUGAGUGGAAAGAAGUACCAUUUCCAUCAAAAUCGCUGAAUUUCAGACCUUCUUUCCUGGUUGCUGAAGGGCCUCUGGCGGCACUGUUAACCUAGUUCAGGAGCUGAAGCUUCAGCAGAAUCCAGAUUUGGGGACAUCUCAAUGGCCCUGGGAGAAGAAAAGGCAGAGGCCGAGGCAGCCACGGACAUGAAGGCCCCAUCCUGUGGGAGGUGGAGCUGCAGGGAGCAGGAGCUGGACCCCGCAGGGCCUGUGCAUGGGGAGCAGCUGCCUCGCCUGGAAGCUGAGGGAGGGCCUGCCUCCCCUGUCGGGGGUGCCGAGGGGCUCCCUGCCCCUGCCUGCUGUGGUGGGGCCGCCCCUGGCCCCUCCGGAGCCUGCCAGCCACAGGCCAACAGGGCCAGCAGGGAGCCGGCAGCGGGUGGGUCUAAGCCUGCUCUCAGUUGCCUGCUUCCUCCUGCUGGCCUGGGGACUGGAGAUCUGCACUCUGUGGGAAGCCAGAUGGAGGAGACCAGGCUUUCUGCCUCGGAGGAGCUACCUCAGACUCACACCGCUCCCAGAGCCACCGCUCUUUGCUCAGGACAUGAUGCUGAUACCGAAGAUGACCCGUCCCCAGUGGCGUCGCCGCAGGUGCUGGACCUCAGCCCCCAGUCUCACGUCUCAGGGUUCCCAUUCCCAUCAAGGCGGAGGUCCGCGGUGAGCCCGGGGGCCCCUGCAUCUCAGUCUUCCAGCUGCAGCGUCUCUGCCUCAUCCCCAGGCAGCAGUCUCCAGGGUCACCAGGAAAAGGCAGAGCCUCCGAGUUGCUCCCUUGCCAAGGUCUCCUCCUCCCUGGAGCUGGUUGUGCCGCCGUCAACCCCCUCGGUGGUGGGGUCAGGGCCUCGGCUCCAGCGGUCGCCCCAGCCAGUGUCCUCAGCGGGUGAUGCUUCCGGGCUGGGCAGGAGGCGCCUCUCCUUCCAGGCCGAGUACUGGGCCUGUGUGCUGCCCGAUUCCCUGCCUCCCUCCCCUGACCGCCACUCCCCCCUCUGGAACCCGAAUAAAGAGUACGAAGACCUGCUGGACUAUACUUACCCACUCAGGCCCGGGCCUCAGCCCCCAAGGCACCUUGACAGCCGGGUGCUGGCUGACCCCAUCCUGCAGGACUCAGGCGUAGACCUGGAUAGCUUCUCCGUCUCCCCAGCAAGCACCCUAAAAUCACCCACUGAUGUCUCCCACAGUUGCCCCCCAGCAGAGGCCGCUGCCCUGCCAUCCUCUGGGCCCAGAGAGCCGAGCUGUAAGCGGUGGCCCUCUGGAGUACCCCAGAGGCAGGGCAGCGUAGGGUUGGCAUCUUGUAGCCCCCUCGCAUCUACCCCCAGAGCCCCAGGCAGUAGGGGCACUCUUUGGGAGAGCAGAGAGCCAGCCCUGAGGGGCGAGAAGGACCGGCCGCCUGUGGGCAAGCACGUUGAGCUGGGCUCUCCCCACCUGAAGACACGGGACAGGAGGUGGCCCUCCCCCAGGCUGGAAAGGGAGAAGGGGGCUGGCCAGGGCAUCGGGCGCCUUGCCUGCGCGGAGUCUGGAUGGAAAGCAUCGGAGGAGGUGGGAAGUGACGACGAGUAUCUGGCCCUGCCCUCUCGGCUGACGCGGGUUUCUAGCGUGGUCUCGUAUCUAGGUUCCCUUCCCAGCUUGGUGCCCCUGCCCCCGGACGCUGCUGAGGGCCAGAGCUCCCUGGACGUGUCAGACAGUGAUGGGCCAGCUUCCCUCUCGUCGGACUCCAGCCAAAGCCAGCUUCCCUCUGGGGCUGCGCUCCGAGGGUCCCGGAGCCCUGAGGACCAGAACCACUGUGUGCUGCGUUCCUUCAGCCGUACGAGGGAGGGCGGCCUGCUGAGCAGCCAGGCCCUGGGGGUCUCCUCUGGACCACUGAGAACACGCGUCUCCUUGCCGGUGAUGUUGGACCAGAGGGCAUUCUUGGAUCCAGCUGCUGAAGGGCAGCCGCCCAGGAAGGGAGGAGAGCAGGGAAAGGAGUCGCUCAUGCAGUGUGUGAAGACAUUUUGCUGUCAGCUGGAGGAGCUGAUCUGCUGGCUGUAUAACGUGGCAGACGCUACUGACCACCUGACUGCACCCAGGUCCAGCCUUACAGGCCUCAAGUCUUCUCUGCAGCUUUACCGGCAAUUUAAAAAAGAUAUAGAUGAACACCAGUCUCUGACGGAGAGCGUCUUACAGAAAGGAGAGAUUCUACUUCAGUGCCUGUUGGAUAAUACCCCAGUGUUAAAGGACGUCCUUGGGAGGAUCUCCCGGCAGCCCAGUGAGCUGGAGAGACAUGCAGAUCGCCUGUAUGACACCAUCUUAGCCUCUCUGGACACACUGGCUGGCUGCACCCUCCUCCCCGACAACACGCCAGCAGCACAGAGGAGCGCCAGUGUGAAGGGGAUUGGUCUGGCAUCUUCUCAGGAAAAGAUGUAAUCUGUCAGCCAGAACCUGGCUACUGGGAAACUUCCGGAAGUCCCUGUAAGAGCCAUUCAAUACUAAAAUCAAGGGGGAAACUUAACUCUAAUGCACUAGCUUUAAAAUGCCUUUCUCUUCCCUGAAGUAAGGGCUGUUGAGUUACUAUUUUUAUUUAAAAUGAAUCCUUCCAAAUUGUUUUCCUUUGGUGCUUCUCUACAAAGAGCACGUAGCUUUGCAGUUGUUGAUAAAAUAAUGUGAAUAAGGCUUACAGGUCUUUCCUCUCCCUCUGUCCAGUAAAAAAGUGGAGAGCUCCUAAACUAGUCCACCUGCUGAGAUCAUUUAAAGAAGGCUGGUAUGAGAAAGAAUGUACCCAAUAUUUGGUAUUCUCAGGCAUGCAAGAGGAUCCAAGAGACUGAAAAGGUGAUUGGUGGGCCAGGAACUUGGGUCUUUUAAUAAAAUGAAACAUAGGCUUAUAAAUCCCUCUUUGAAGACUGCAGAAGAGACUUUCAGUGAACUCUCCAAAUCAACAGAAGGUUCUACACAGAACCUCUACAAAUUAUUUUGGGCUUUUAGGAUACCUUUUAUCAUCUUAAGUGCUCAGGGCUCCAUCUGCCUGCCUAACUAACAUCUUAAAAGGAAAAUGUGUUAGAGACUUAGGGAACUGCCAUUGAGCUUUAGCCAGACUAUGGACUAAUUAUCUGCCUUAAGGGUACCUCCAGGAGGAGGCAUCCUUCAUUCCUACUCUUCCUUGGAAGAGCAGUCCAAGGUCAGAGAAGGGCAUGGAUAGGAUCACACGGUCAGGUUAACUACAGAAGCUAAGGCGGUCGACAGUGAGAGGGAAAAGGGGAAUUCUUUGUUGCUUUGAGAGUUGACAUGUAACCUGUAGGGAAAAAAAAAUCUAUGGAUCAACCAUUUAAAGCCAAUUCUAUAGCUUUUUUAAGUAAAAUGAUCAGCUGUUGCUGGUAACCACAGAUUCUGCAAAAACAAAAAAGCACUUAAAGUUUUAUUGGGCUAUGAAUGAACACGGAAGGAGGAAAGCACUUUCCCCGUUUACUUUUAGUGUUACAGUAGGCUAAGACUUGCGGAAAGGGUUCUUCACACUUAAAUAUGUGAGAUAAAGAUUUUUUUUUCAAAUUCCAGAUUCUCAUUUGAGGAGGGGGCUUAAGAAACGCAGAUCUUUUAAGUUUAUAAAGAAGUGAACAAGUCACCUGAACCCAGAGAAGGUAACAUUAGAACAGUUAUUCUCAUAAAGCAGACUUCUGAUAUCCCCUCAGAAUAAAACAUUUAAUACAAAAUUACCCUCUUUAAGAGAAGUUUAGGACUUUAGUUUUGGGCGCUCAGCCACAUAAUCUUAACACCAUCUCAUCCACCUCUGUGUGAACUAAAAUCUUGUGAUUAAAUGUGGCUUUUCUGCUUUAAAAUUUCUCAGACUUUAUACUGGAAAAUAAGCUGUAAGUUCUAAUAUUUAAAGAAUAACUAUAUAAAAUUCAAUGGUAGCUAUAUAAAAUGCAGUAUUUCAAGUGCCUCUGCUACUCUGGUAUGAUUUAUCAUAAUGCUUAGGACAUGAUCAGAACUAAACUGUGUAUUGUGGUUCUGCUAUCUCUAUUUUAAUCUUGAUUCCAUACGUAGAUUUAAAAAAACAGAACUUUCCUAGCAAAUCAUGAUAUAUGUAAAAUAUUCUUAAAAGCCUAGAAUUGGUUAAAAAGGCCUAUCUAAUGGCCUCUGUUCUUAAAUUGAUAUAUUUCACCUUCUCUUUGAUGUGGCUAUAAAUUGGUACAUGCCUUUCCAAUGAGUGUGUUACAGGAUAGCCCUUGGUUAUUAAACCCAUUUACCAACAUUUGACAGGCAUGAAAGUAAGCCUUACUGGUUGGCAAAAAAAUUGAAGAUGACAACCCUAUAGAAACACACUGGCUGAUAGUCCUUUAUAGCAGUUGAAUGCUGAACAUGCCAUUCUACCAUUCAGCCUAAUAAUUAUAGCCAGCUUCAGCUAACAGGAGUUUUCACAGAAUAUUUUAUUUCCAAGUACCCUGUUUCCCAACAAAGUACUGCUUUUACCUAGAGAUGAUCUAAGAUAUUUUUGUUCACUUCCUUUGAAAUAAGGUGUGACUGAAGGGUGUCUGCUCUGGACCUAGUUGUGAAUGCCACUGAAGAGUAUCAACACAACUGUUAAUGAUGUCUUCAGCAGUGCUGUAAGACAUUUAAGACCUCCCUUAAAACUCAAGCUGAAAUUGUUUCCGACUAGGAAGAUGCUGCCAGCAGCAUUCCAUGAGCAAACACAGCCAGGUUCGAUUCAAGUAGCCAGGCUGGCCAGUGCGCUGUGGUACACAUUAGCCUUAAGGACAGCAGUGGCUUACAGUGACAUAUCACGUAGUUACAAAAUCCUGAGUUUACCUGGAGUAUAAUUUCCUAGUAGUCCCCUUAAAUUAGUAGAACUUAAGUCCACAGUCAAGUGGCAGUACUAGGAGCUGGAUUGGCAGUUUCAAAACCUGGAUUCUCAUUGCAGCUCCAUGGCUAAGCUCAUUUCCAAAUAGAAGACAGUGUCAAUACAGGGCUGUUUUGAAGCUUAAAUGGGAACAUAAGGGCGGGCUGGUGUAAAAUAUGCUGCAGUGGCAACAUACACAUGUUAAAGGAAAUUUUGGUCCAAAGUCAAAGAACAGGAAGUUACUGCUCAGACCAGAAUGGCUAUCGUUCUGCAAGGAUUCCAUCAGAGAUUGUGACUGCUUAGGUUUAGAACACCCUUCACUUCAGUAAGCUAAUUCAUGGCAGCCACUUAUAUUUAAAAUACAGCAAGCAAUAAUGCCCUUUACUGACUGAACAGAUUAUUAGAAGCCCAUAGUAGCUUGAAAUAUUUUUACUUGAAAAUGGGGGUAGGAAUGGGAAUUUCUUUUUCCCCCAACAUCGCAUUUACUGGCAAAGUCAUAAUAGUAAGUAGUGCAGCAUGCUGAAACAUCUUGCAGUAAGCCCCAGUCUUGACUGCUAUGGGGGAAAGAACACUAGAAUUUUCUAAACCAAAUAAGUAUGUAAAUAUGCUUACAUCUCAAGUUCACAUAAUGUUUUUUUGCUAACUCACCUGACAGUUUGAACAACUUGCUGUGUUAAAACCGAACUGCAUCACAUUGUCUAACAUUUGUAUCAUCUACUUUAAAAAAGUUUCUGAAUUCUUUCCCCCUGUAUACCGUGUUGAUAAGGCAAAAAAAACAAACCUUCUGAAGUAUUAAAAAAAAAAAAAAAUCUUCACCCA